UCUCUUUUCCUUUCGCAACCAUUGAAAGUUGAAAGUUGAAACCCUAAAAAUAAAGAAAUCUCUCGUCGUCGCCAGAAAGAAUCCUUACCGAUCCGUCGUCUCCAUCCCUCGAUCCCAUCGUGCAAAGUUCAGAUCCGUUUUUUUGCCUCUUCUUCCUCUUGUUUUCUACGGCGAUUUGACUCCUUCCGCCGGGGGUCAAUUUCUAGGGUUUCGCUUGGAUCUGUGGUUGUAGCGUGCAUGUCUGAGAGAUGUCUAUGACGCCGAAGAAUGAAAAUGUUCAGAUCCGGGAGGUGUGGGAAGAAAACUUGGAGCAGGAAUUUGCACUUAUCAGGGAGGUUGUAGAUUACUUUCCUUUUGUCGCCAUGGACACGGAGUUUCCCGGGAUCGUGUGCCGCAAGGUGGGGAACUUCAAGUCAACUUCCGAUUUCAACUACGCGACGCUUAAGGCUAACGUUGAUAUGCUGAACCUGAUCCAACUGGGCCUCACCUUGUCCGAUGAGCACGGAAACCUCCCGACCUGCAACACUGACAUUGGCUGCGUCUGGCAGUUUAACUUUCGUGAGUUUGACGUCCAGAGCGACGUCUACGCCGCCGACUCCAUCGAGCUCCUUCGCCAGAGCGGGAUUGACUUCAAGAAGAACAGAGAGUGUGGCGUUGACACCCUUCACUUUGCCGAGCUUAUCAUGUCCUCUGGUAUCGUUCUGAACGCGGACAUCCAGUGGAUUACCUUUCACAGUGGCUAUGACUUCGGCUAUCUUCUCAAGUUGCUCACUUGCAAAAAGCUACCUGAUACGCAGACUGGAUUUUUUAACCUCAUCAAGACCUACUUCCCGACACUUUACGACAUUAAGCACCUGAUGAAGUACUGCAACAGCCUCCAUGGUGGGCUCAAUAAGCUUGCAGAGCUGCUCGGCGUGCAGAGGUUUGGGAUCAGUCACCAGGCUGGAUCCGAUAGUCUCCUCACCUCCUGCGCCUUCAGGAAGCUUAGUGAAUCUUAUUUCAAUGGAUCAAUGGAGAGAUAUGCUGGUGUGUUGUAUGGCCUUGGUGUUGAGAGUGGACAGAAUAAUGCUACUCAUUGAGAAAAAAAGUUUAAUAAAAAACUUAAUAAAAAAAUAAGAUUUGAAUUGGAAAA